AAACUUUUCAAAGACAUGCUGAAACUGAAACAGAGAAGUAAUGCACUGUGAAUGGGAUGUUAAACUGCUGGGAUUAUCUGGGGGCAAAACAUAAAAAUAAGGGACUGUAUUCAAAUGAAAAGAAACAUUUACAGCCUCAGCUUAGCCAACUUCAACCCAGAACACCUGGUAGAUGGCCAAUGGUUGACAUGAGGAAGAUAAGCAAAGAAGGCACAGUACUUCAAUCUCUGUGGAGAGAAAAAGAGCAGCAACAGAGCUGCCAGAGCUCAGCAGAUUCUCCUCUCUGUGCUGAUGGAGACCUUGGAGGGAAGUGAACUCUGCUUUCCACAACUCCUCAACACCUCCUGCAGGAAGCCAGUGCGGCAUCAUUUUGAGACCAUGCUGAUUUACAUUCUGCUGUCCUCCAUCUCUCUGCUCACUGCAGUUCUUAACCUGCUGGUCAUCAUCUCUAUCUCCCACUUCAAGCAGCUCCACACCCCCACCAACUUCCUCCUCCUCUCUCUGGCUGUCUCAGAUUUCUUCGUGGGUCUCCUCAUGUUCUUCCAAAUUACGCUCACAGACGGCUGCUGGUCCUUUGGUGACCUCAUGUGUGUUGUGUAUCAGUAUCUAGCAUACAUUAUUACGUCUGCCUCAGUAGGAACAAUGGUAAUCAUAUGUGUUGACCGCUAUGUGGCUAUUUGUCAUCCUCUGCAUUACUCCACCAAAGUCACACAAAAAAGAGUUCAAGUCUGUAUUUGUCUGUGCUGGAUAUGCUCUCUAUUAUUUCAAAGUCUGAAUCUGAAUGAUGUCCUGAAACAACCAGGCAGGUAUAACUCCUGCAAGGGAGAGUGUGUAUUUUUCAUUAACUAUAUUGCUGGAUUUGCAGAUCUUAUUUUUUCAUUCAUCGUUCCCAUUACUAUUAUUGUUGUUUUGUAUAUGAGAAUUUUUGUUGUGGCUGUGUCUCAGGCUCGGGCCAUUCAGUCACAUAUUGCAGCUGUCACACUCCAGAAAUCAGUGAAAGUAACUGCUAAAAAAUCUGAAAUGAAAGCAGCCAGGACUCUUGGUGUUGUUGUAGUUUUGUUUCUAAUAUGUCUCUGCCCAUAUUAUUGUGUUGCUCUUACAGGCCAAGAUAGCCUACUCAAUGCUUCAUCUGCCGCCUUUGUAUUAUGUUUGUUCUAUUUUAACUCCUGUCUUAACCCUAUUGUCUAUGCUCUUUUCUAUCCCUGGUUUAGAAAAUCCAUUAAGCUCAUUGUUACAUUGAAGAUACUGCAGCCUGACUCCUGUGAGACCAACAUACUGUAGAGAGACUCUAUGUGAUGCCUGAAAUUAGACUAACAAUAUACUUGGUCAUGGAAAUUGUAUCAAUUUACCAGUGAAGCUACUUGGGGUUUGUCCAUUUACAUGUAUUUUGGACAAAUCAUCACCUCUAGGAUUCACUGUGCAGUCUGUAGGUAUCAAGACCAUGACACAUUAUUGUUAUGCUGACUGUAUGCUUAAGCACAGUGGAUGUGAAAGUUUUAUAUCCACAUUAAAAGAACAAUGUAGGCAAUAAUUCUCAGUUUUAUACCCACAGACAUUAGCAUUUAAAGUUAAGAGUCAGCAAUUAACUGUAACCUCAGAACCUCAAGAAAUACUAAAAAUGCAUGUAUGAUCAUUAAUUUUGUAUUAAACCAGCCAAUUAAUCACA